ACUCUAUCAAUUGCUUGUUUUGGUCCCCUCAUAUAUCACUUUGUACUUGGAGUUGGAGGAGUGUCUUGUGGAGAAUAUAACAUCCAUUAUUAUUCUCAUUGUGUUUCUCCUUAUCUCAAAUCACACACACGGAAAUAAAGAAAAGGAUCAAAAGCUAAAGAUUUUUAAGAUGCUUGCUCAAGAGAAAUCCCUAAAGACAUACCCGACAACUACUGAGGUAGUGGACGAGCUAAAGAGAAUGGUGGACAUAGGUUUCCCUAUAGCAGCCAUGAGCAUAGUAGGAUACCUCAAAAACAUGAUCUUAGUUGUAUGCAUGGGAAAGUUGGGAAGCCUUGAGUUAGCAAGUGGUGCUUUGGCCAUAGGCUUCACCAAUAUAACCGGUUACUCGGUCCUUUCGGGUCUAGCUAUGGGAAUGGAGCCUCUAUGCACUCAAGCCAUUGGUUCACAAAACUUCUCCUUAGUUUCUCUCAUAUUAAGAAGAACAAUCAUCAUGUUACUACUAGCUUCCUUACCAAUUUCACUCUUGUGGCUAAAUCUUGAGCCAAUCAUGCUAUGCCUUCAUCAAAAUCAAGACAUAACAAGAAUAGCAAGCCUCUAUUGUCGUCUCUCGAUCCCUGAUCUUAUAGCGAAUAGCUUCCUUCACCCAAUUCGCAUCUAUUUACGUAGCAAAGGAACAACUUGGCCGUUAUUGUGGUGCACUUCACUAUCCAUUCUCAUUCACAUCCCCAUCACCAUUUUUUUAACCUUCAAACUUCACCUUGGUGUACAAGGUAUUGCUAUUUCAGCUUUUGUUGCAAAUUUCAAUACCCUUCUCUUUCUUUUAUCAUACAUGUUCUACAUCCAUUUCUCAAAAGUUUCAAUCUCCAUACCAAACCCUAGUCCUCCUUUAUUAUCAUCACAACAAGAAAAACCAACUAGUUUCAAAACACUAGGAAAAGAAUGGAACAUGUUAAUUAGGUUUUCUAUUCAAAGUUGUCUUGGAGUUUGCUUAGAAUGGUGGUGGUAUGAAUUCAUGACAAUUCUAGCUGGUUACCUUUAUAACCCUCGUGUCGCUUUAGCAACGGCCGGAAUAGUGAUACAAACAACAUCACUUAUGUACACUUUACCAACAGCACUUAGUGCUUCAGUGUCAACAAGAGUAGGAAAUGAACUUGGAGCUAGUCAACCAUCAAGGGCAAAUUUGUCAACAAUGGUAGCAAUAGGAAUGUCACUAGUAAGUUCAACAUUAGGGUUAUUAUGGACAACAUUAGGUAGAGAAAAAUGGGGUAAAGUAUUCACAAAUGAUAAAGAGGUUUUGGAUUUAACAAUGAUUGUUUUACCUAUAAUUGGUGUUUGUGAAUUAGCAAAUUGUCCACAAACAACAUGUUGUGGAAUACUUAGAGGGAGUGCAAGGCCAGGUAUUGGGGCAGGGAUAAAUUUUUAUUCAUUUUAUCUUGUGGGGGCGCCAAUAGGAAUUAUUUUGGGUUUUGUUUUGAAAUUAGGGUUGGUGGGGUUUUGUUAUGGUUUGUUGGCAGCACAAAUAGCAUGUGUGGUUUCAAUUUUAGUUGUGAUAUAUAACACGGAUUGGGAAAGAGAGUCAUUGAAGGCAAAAAGCUUAGUGGGUAAAGGUGGUUCAUGUGACACAUUGUUUGCACAUGUUUUUGUUGUUGAAGACCAAAUAGUUAAAUGUGAGCAAGGUAUUGUCUUUCUCAAUGAUAACAAGUAAUGAUCUUAUUGUGUACGUGGAAGGAAUAUAUACAUACAUAUAUACACCAAAUUUCAGAAUCAGAUUAGUCGCAGUUACAACAGGAUGUUGUAGUAGAUUUGAGAUUUAAAUAUGGUCAUCCGAUCACAUAUAAAUGAUUAUGAUUAAUUACAGUGUGAAACUGUGUGCUUAGGUUACAGCUGUGAAUUUGCAUCCCCAAAGUUCAUGUUAUGGGCACUAUAUACUUACUCGAAGACAAGUUUUCUUUAUCUGUGGGAAUCGAACUCAGUAUCUUAGAGUCUACAACAUUUUCGCUUGAAAUAUGGAUGGAAUGAAAAUAUUUUUGAUUAUUUGUUGCGAUCAUUGUGUAUAUGAAAAUUUGCAUGUAAUGUAACCCACAUAUUUUCUUGCGUUUUUUUCUUACUGGCUACGUGCAGGUUGGUCUUGCUAUAUUAAUUCCCUAGCUACCUAGUUGGUGGGUUCCAUAGCCAGCAAAUUGUAAUUGUUGGGUUAUCUGAAUAGUGAAAUAUAAUUAACCUCAACCUCAUAUAUUGUAUUGAUAUGUACGUAAACAUAUUAAGGUCAUGUUUGGAUAAACUUUCAACUCAUAAAAAGAAGUGUUUAUCAUUCCAAGCAUUUAUGUACAACUACAAGUUAUUUAUAUUGUGAAAAAUAAAAUAAAAACUCUUAUAGUUUUCAUAAGUUAUUUUGAAGUACUUAUAGAAAUAAUUUGAAAAUAACUUAUGUAUAUAUAAAGUUAUAUUUUGAAGUUGAUUUUA